GCAAAACAGCCUCUCAAGAGGGAUGAGCUCCAAGAAGCUUUUACAAUGAACUGUGGAUCUGACAACACUAUUCCAUCAUCAAAGUUAGGAGUUGUCAUCAGGUCCAUUGGACGUGCCCCAACAGAAGCCCAAUUGCAGUCCAUCUGUAGAGAACUGGAAAGUAAAGGUGUGCGAUCUCUGAACUGCCAGCAGGUGGAAGCCAUCAUCAAUAAGUACGAAUUUGCUCCAGAGUCUCCUGACGCACUCCGAGAAGCCUUUAGAAUCUUUGACAAAGAUGGCAAUGGUUUGAUUAGUGCUAGUGAGAUCAGGCAUAUUUUGUGUAACCUUGGAGAGAAACUUACAGAUGAAGAAGUUGAUGAGAUGAUCAGAGAGGCAGAUCUGACUGGAGAUGGCCAGAUCAACUUUGAAGAAUUUGUGAGAAUCCUUGAAGCUGGACUUUAAAGGUCGACAAAUAUGUUCCGAAAUCCUGAGGAUAGGUGCCUUUUGACAUUCCGAAAUUUAGUUUAUGUGAAUAUGUUCCAGAGGCAAUUUUGCUUUGAAUAAUUGUGGAGCCAAAUUAUUAGUAUUGUCAACCAUGCUUCUUAUACAAUUUCAGAGUGGUUUGAAAAUGGAACAAUUUAUCAUUAUGCAGUUUGCUUUGUUGAUGGAAUUGUUCUUAUUUUCACAAAAUAUUUCUUCUAACCUUGAAAAUUGGAACUUGAACUCAAAAGUUUUCUUCAUACGCUUAUAAAAAAUACAGGCUGUUCUUGUCACUGCUGUUCACUGUAAACUGCUGUUCAAUGUGUAAUUGAAAGUUGGUGGAUAAAUAUACUCGAGUUCUUUUGAGUUGAAUAGUUCCUUCAUCUUCCUGAUUCAUUCUCACUGUGCCUUCAUAAAUUAUAUAUGAUUCAAGUGUGAGAAGAGGUGAAAUGGUAGAGUUGUCGCCUUUCCCAUUUAAACCGUAAUAGUUUUAUUUGGCUUUAGGCUUUGAAUGCCCACAAUGAUAUCACUGGGGUGUGUUUUGGUUCUUCCAGUAAACGAUUGUGAAAUGAAUUUGACAUUAUUAUCUUUACACCCAGUAUGAUGGUUUAUAAAAUUAUGCAGUCCGUGUUCUCCAUAUAACACAGUUUUUUCUGCAGCGUGAUCUUACUCAGGUAUUCCAAUACUGUAUUGAGUAUUUCUCCCCUCUCUGAUUUGAGCUUUCCUUAGAAUUAACUUCAUAGACGUUUACUUUUGUAAGAAAUUUUCUUUUGAAUCAUUUGUAAUAACUCACAGACACUAUAGUCACUAUUGGCUUGUUUCUGAUUUUGCAGUUAUGAGAAUGUAUUGUGUUUUGAUCGCUAUUGAAAUGCUGAAAAGAUUUCUGUUGUAGCGAAUCAAAAUCACAGUAAGGUUAGAAUAUACUGAUGUGCUCUUCAGCUUGCUCUUUAGCUGUUUUGAUUUUGAGAUGGAAAAGAUCUUUGCCAGUGUUUAGUACAGGAAGGCCACAAGUACAGAAGUUUUUUUUCUCCUAGUGAUUACAGUAUCUCAUCUCAUGCAAAGAUGAAAAUAGGAGAGACAGCAUGUCUGCUUAAACGUGUUACUAUGUACUCUGUCAUCAAUUCAUGAUUUCUGUUUGGGUUUUGUAAAGUGUAAUGAAAUUUAACUGCAGGGCUUUCUGUUUGUUAAUAACUAAAUCCCUAUACACAGUGUAAAAUGAAUUGUGGGAAAUCAGUUCUCAGUUGACAGUUAAUGAGUAGUUGAUAGCUGUGAGUUUAACUAGAACAUUCUCCUCCACCGCCUGCUGGCUAUGUCAAGCGAUCUCAUUUGCAAGAUAUUUGGAGCUACAACUUGCUGUAAUAAAAUGCUUUCUUAUUCUACAUGGAAGGCUGGUACUGGUAAUGAAAGUUUGCAGAGUUAUGAUUUCAUUGAAAUGUUUAUCAUUAUCAGAUUUUGUCUCCAUGUUGACAAUGUCAUUUCAAAAUUCUAGGUUCAUGCAGAUGUGAAUCAAAACAGUACUUAAAGUAAGGAGUGUGGCGAAUAUAUAAGAUUUGUUACCGAUUCUUUUUGGUAUUGUCCUCAACAUGGAUUUUAUUUAAUGUAACUAAUGAAUUUAUUAUGCAGGUUUUGGUGGUUACAAUGUUAUCGAUUAAUGUGUUUAAUAACUUUUAUUUAUUAUGAUCUUUUAUUUUACAGUCCUUCACAUUGUAACAUCACUUACUACCUUCAGGCACCACUUGCAUUCUUUUGAUUAUUGUUUCACUGCCGUAUGUGAGCACUGUCUACGCCCAGGCUGUGACAUUAAUGUUCAUGCUAGUUCCAGUUAUUAAUUUUGCAACCAGAUUUUCAAAGAGCAAAAUGAGAUAGAAACAUUUUUAAUAUAUUGCUUUUGCUGUUUUAUAACAAUACAAUCAAAGUCAUAUAUAGAAGUGCCCCUUUUGUUUAUGCUGUCUGAAUUUCAUUAUGUUCUCCAUUACAAUAUUAUUUAACUGUAUUAUUGUAGUUGGGUUUGUCUUCCUUUGAUUGUUUUCUUUUAUUUGGAAAGGGCUUGAUUGUGAAAUGUAUCCACAAGCUUCCGUUAUAUACAAACUUAUGCUUUUCUCAAAUUUAUAUUUCGUGUAAGGCUCCAUUAUAAUUGUUAAAUAUUAUAUAAGUUAUCGUUCUAAGACACAAAUUUGUGGUAUAAUUGCUUCCAUUAAAAGGUAAAUCUGGUUUGUUUUGUUUAGUUGUUUAUUUUUUUUUCAUACCUGAAUUUUUGUCACUGGCAAUAAUGAUUAGAGUUAUUUGAUCUUCUGUUAUUUGAAUUUUGGUUUUAAGCUGUGGCAAAUUUUUUCUUUAGUUUCCUAAUUGUCAAUCUAUGAACCUCUGCUAAAACAGAAUGCACAGAAAAUAGAAUUUGUACGAAUUUGAAUAAAUCUUUACUAUCAAUAUCU